AUGACGGAUGAUUGUCGAGAUUUCUCUUUUUCGACUUUGUCAUCAAUUGAUCCAAUAAAUAUCCCAUUAAAAAAUACUGAUUUUGAAUCAUCAUUAGAUUCAUAUUCAAAUGUAUUUGAUAAAGCGCAACAUAAUUUUACUACUAGUUCGGAAAUUCCAUGUACUAAUCUUAAUAAUGAAGAAUUAGAUAAAAAUGUAUUACCAACUGUUAAUCAUAAUCGUACAUUUACUAAAGAAGUAUCAAAACCAAUGAUUAAUGCAUUUACAGGAAAACCUAUUAGUCCUAAUCCAUGGAGAAAAUUAUGUACAAAAAAUGUUCAAGAUCAAAUACAUACAGAUGUUGUUAUACCAAUUGAAAUAUUACCCAUUAAUUCAGAUAUAAAAUCGCCCAAUAAAGACAAAAUUUUACAAGAACAUCAAAAUCCAAAAGUAUAUGAAAAUGAACAAAAUACACCUAUACGACGUCGAAGAAAGAAAAGAAACAAUUUAAAAGAUUUUAUUGAUGAAUCAUCAUCAUCUUCGAAUGAAAAUAUUAAAGAAAAUUUAUCAGAUGUCAAAACAAAAGUAAAUCUUUUGAUUCAUAAUGAUCCAACAUGGCAAAGAUUAGCUGAUGUUUAUACAUCUGAAGAAUCCGAUGAAAAAAAUCAUUUAUUAACAGCAAAUACAAAUUUAACAGUUCGAUUAAAAUCUGAAAUUUAUACAUCGGAUCAAUCAUCUAGUCCUACAUCGUCAAGUUCUUCUUCAACAAAAACUGAGCAUCGAUCAUUAAUCAAAAAAGAAGAUGAAAAAAAUAUUUUUUUUAAUUUUCUUCAAUCACUUUCCGAAUGUAUAUCAUUUGAAGAUAAACAUCCUGAUGCUAAACCGUAUUUUAUUCGAUCAGCAUUUAAGCUUAAAGAAAAACGACAAGAAUUAGCGGAUAAACUUUUAUUAAUAUUUAAUCAAGAUGUUUUUUCUUCUCAACUAUCAGAUAAAGUCAGUGUAGUAUGGAGUAGUCGUUUAACAGCUACUGCUGGUCAUUGUACAACUCGACGAACAACACGUACUGCUGUGAUUACACUUUCACAUAAAGUUUGUGAUUCACCUGAACGUUGCCGUGAUACCCUUUUACAUGAAAUGUGUCAUGCAGCUGUCACUUUAAUUGAUGGUGUUAUGGAACAUGGUCAUGGACCUCUAUGGCGUCAAUGGACACGUAUGGCUGAACGAUGUUAUCCUUAUUUACCAUUAGUUUCAGUAAAACAUACAUAUGAUGUUAUUUAUAAAUUUAUUUAUCGUUGUGUUCAAUGUCAACAUCAAGUUUAUCGACAUUCAAAAUCAUUAAAUCUUGAUGUUGAUUUUUGUGGUAAAUGUAUGGGACAAUUUCAAUUAAUUAUAAAUCAUAAACAAAAUGAAAUCAAACAAGAAAAACAAACACCAAAAAGAACAAUUAAUCAAUAUAAUUUAUAUGUUCAAGAAAAUUUUCAAACAAUGAAACAAGCUAAUCCACAUUUAUCUACACCACAAUUAAUGAAACAACUUAGUACUGAAUAUAAAAAGAGAAAUCAACAACAAACUAUUGAUUUACCUAAUUUAGAUCAAUUAAAAAUUUAA